CCACAAUGGGGCGUUUGUAGUAUUGAGGAAAUCCUCGAUCAACAAGAGAAAAUGAGGGAUACAUAGCUCCCUCUUCUUCCUUCAAACCCUCAUUUCCCUUUCUCUCUCUAUAUAUACUCCCCAAUGUUUUUCGUUUUCCAUUUUCCGGCUUAUUUUUGCCUUUUUCAGAUCCCUAAUUUCAUCUUCAUAAACCCUAAAUUUCCCCUUUUUUAUCAAUUGGUGUUUCAAUCUUUCUCUCUUCAAAUCAAUUCUGUAAUGUGUCAUGGCGCAGCAAUCUCCGCAACCUCAACAACAACAUCAGCAAUCAUCUUCGCGGCUCAAUCGUCUUCUUACGCUCCUCGACACCGGGUCAACUCAACAAACUCGGUUCGCGGCAGCGAGGCAAAUCGGGGGUAUCGCGAAAUCUCAUCCUCAGGAAUUGAAUCCAUUGCUGAGGAAGGUUUCACAGUAUUUGAGAAGUAGGAAUUGGGAUACGCGUGUUGCUGCGGCGAAAGCUAUUGGUUCGAUUGCGGAGAAUUCAAGGAAGAUUUCUAUUGAUGAGUUGGUUGAUAUUGCGAGGAAAAAGAUUGGAUUGGAUUUGUGUCGACAGCUGAGAAAUGAGGCAAGUAUUUCGUCGUUUCGUAGUUUUGAUAUAAAUAAAGUGUUGGAAUUCGGGGUCUUGUUGGCAUCCGGGGGACAGGAAUAUGACAUUAAAGAUGAUAAUAAUGGAAAUAAUUCUAAAGAAAGAUUGGCUAGACAAAAAAGGAAUUUACGUAGGAGAUUAGGACUUGAUGUGUGUGAACAGUUUAUGGAUAUGAAUGAUAUGAUUAGAGAUGAGGAUCUUGUAAUGUUUCCGUCGGAAUCAGGUAGAAAUUUUAGUUCUGGUGGUAUUGAUUUAAGCAAGAAAAGGGGUGAUUUUCGUGUGUUCAGGUCUCAGAGACCAAGUGCUAGAGAAUUGAAUCUUUUGAAGAGAAAGGCGAAGGUUAAUUCUGGUGAUGUUCGGUCUGGGGUGAAUGCUGGGAUGCAGAAAGCGAUAGCACCCCCUUCAAGUGGUGGUGGUGGUGGUUCGGAUUUAGGGAAAGGAUUAGUGGAUUCUGCGACGGAUGAGGAUGGUGUGGAGCAUGAGGGAGAUGGACAUUGGCCGUUUCAUGGCUUUGUUGAACAGCUUCUUGUUGAUAUGUUUGAUCCUAUUUGGGAGGUUCGUCAUGGGAGUAUUAUGGCUUUGAGGGAAAUUUUGACAUAUCAGGGUUCGUAUGCUGGUGUAUCGAUGACUGAUUCGAGCUCCCACAGUGGUGGUCAUGUAUUGGGGAGUGUGAGUGAGAAGGCUAAUUUAUCUGUGAAGAGAGACAGAGGAAUUGACUUGAAUUUGGAUGUUCAGGAGGAUAGGUGUAUAGAGGGUUCAAAAAGGGUGAAGGUUGAAGUUACACAACCAGUUACUGUGCAAAUAGGUUGUAAGGUGGAGCAAAAUGGAGAAACUGGUUCCAGCCAGUUUGUGCCAGAAGCUAAUAUCGGCUCUGUAAUAAUGAAUUCUGAAUCUGAUGUUUUACAGGCGAAGAGUUUGACUGAAGGAGGUGGUUCACCUCUGAUAGGUUCAGUUGAUGUUACGGAGAAGAAGGGUUUUGCUGGGAAGGUUGAUGUGGUUGAGAAUCUUGGUAGAAACCCUGAUCUCAUGAACUUGGCUGGAUCAGUUAGAAAUUCGUGGCUUAGAAAUUGUGAGUUUCUGCAAGACUGUGCUAUCUGCUUCCUAUGUGUACUGUCACUGGAUCGUUUUGGAGAUUAUGUCUCAGACCAAGUUGUUGCUCCGGUGAGGGAAACUUGUGCGCAAGCAUUAGGUGCUGUGCUCAAGUACAUGGCUCCUGAGUUAGUGCGUGAAACUAUGAACAUUUUAUUGCAAAUGCAGAUGAGACCCGAAUGGGAAAUUCGUCAUGGCAGCCUGUUAGGUAUUAAAUAUCUUAUUGCUGUGCGGCAGGAGAUGCUAUCUGAUUUGCUUGGGUUUGUUCUACCUGCUUGCAAGUCUGGACUAGAGGACCCUGAUGAUGAUGUUCGAGCAGUUGCUGCUGAUGCUCUUAUACCCGCUGCUUCUACUAUUGUUUCUAAUAUGGAUCAGCUGUUGCAUCCAAUUGUAAUGUUAUUGUGGGAUAUCUUGCUUGAUCUUGAUGAUCUUAGCCCUUCCACCAGUAGUGUGAUGAAUCUUCUGGCAGAAAUUUAUACUCAUGCAGGGAUGACUGGAAAUAUGCUCGACACUUUGACUCUGGGGAGUUCUCAGGAACUUGAUCUGAAUGAAGUUCUAUCUUUUAGAGAUGACGUAGAGGCACCAGCACGAAAAGAAAAUCCUUAUAUGCUAUCAGCUCUUGCUCCACGGUUAUGGCCAUUUAUGAGGCAUACUAUCACAUCAGUCCGUUAUUCGGCCAUAAGAACACUAGAAAGACUAUUAGAAGCUCGAUAUAGAAAACACACAUCCGAGCCUUCUGCUAAUUCCUUUUGGCCUUCCUCAAUUUUAGGUGAUACACUUCGAAUUGUCUUCCAGAAUCUACUGCUGGAGUCAAAUGAUGAUAUAUUGCUGUGUAGUGAGAGAGUGUGGAGAAUAUUGCUUCAUUGUCCUGUUUCAGAUCUAGUAGCUGCUGCUAGAUCCCAUAUUUCUUCAUGGUUGGAGUUAGCAACUACCCCUUACGGCUCUGAAUUAGAUAUUUCGAAGAUGUUUUGGCCAGUUGCCCCAUCCCAAAAGAGACGAGUUGCUACGGCUGCAAAAAUGCGGGCUGUGAAGAUGGACAGUUAUGGUGGAAGAACUGUUAAUGUAGCUGCUGGCAAAGGCAUCAUUUCAGUUGACACUGGAGAUGCUACCUCACUCAAGAUAGUUGUUGGUGCUGACUCGGAAAGAUCAGUAACCCGCACACGAGUAGUGGUUUCGGCAGCUUUGGGAAUUCUUGCGUCAAAGUGGCCUGAAUCGUCUAUAUACCAUAUAACUGAUCCAUUGUGGAAAGAUGUUACAUCUUUAUCUGGCGUCCAGCGUCAAAUUUCGGCAAUGAUCCUGAUUUCCUGGUUUAAGGAAAUGAAAAAUGUUGAAGUACCUGCUGCGCAGGUUAUUAAUUCUGCUCUUUUUGAACAGUUCAAAAAAUGGUUGUUGGAUUUGUUAACCUGCACUGAUCCUUCUUUGCCGACAAAAGAUUCGCCUUUGCCUUAUGCUGAGCUCUCAAGAACAUACUCCAAAAUGCGCGGUGAAGCCGGUCAUUUGUUCCACCUUGUUGGAUCAUGUGGAUUGUCUAAGGAUCUUUUGUUGACAACUAACAUUGACCUGGAAAACUUGAGCAUAGAUGAUGCUGUAGACUUUGCUUCAAAAGUUAUGCUGCCUAAUUAUGACUUCUCUGUGGAGAGUUCUGCAGAAAACCAUGUAAUAGAUGAUGUUGAGUCUUCGAGACAACGACUACUGACAACUACUGGCUAUCUGAAAUGUGUGCAAAGCAAUUUGCAUGUUACUGUUUCGUCUUUGAUGGCUGCUGCAAUUGUAUGGAUUUCAGAUCUUCCUGCAAGGCUUAAUCCAAUUAUUCUACCCUUGAUGGCUUCACUUAAAAGAGAACAAGAAGAAAUAUUGCAACUGAAGGCUGCUGAGGCUCUUGCUGAGUUGAUUGAUGUUUGUAUUGCUCGUAAACCUGGUCCGAAUGAAAAGCUCAUCAAGAACCUUUGUAGUCUAACCUGCAUGGAUCCUUCUGAGACGCCUCAAGCAGGAUUGAUAACAUCUAUGGAAGUUAUUGACGAGCAGGAUCUCCUUUUAUGUCGAAGCAUGAGUUCAAAUCAGAGAUCCAGGGGUCGUCCAGCAGCUACUGGAGAAGACAGGUCGAAAACUGAAGGUUUCAUUAGCAGGCGAGGAGCUGAACUUGCCCUGAAGCAUUUGUGUAAAAAAUUUGGUGCUUUGUUGUUUGACAAAAUCCCCAAGUUAUGGGAUUGUCUGUCAGAAGUUCUAAAGCCUAUUGAUCUGCAAGCGGAAGUUGCAGCUGAAGAGCAGAAGAUUACAGUAGCAAUUGAAUCUGUAAAGGAUCCUCAGCUUUUAAUUAAUAAUAUACAGGUGGUACGCUCAGUUGCCCCUCUGUUAGAUGAUGCAUUGAAGCCAAAACUGCUUAUUCUCCUCCCAUGCAUAUUUAGAUGUGUUCGCCACUCCCACGUUGCUGUUAGAUUGGCUGCUUCCAGGUGUAUUACUACAAUGGCAAAGUCGAUGAUAGUGAGUGUGAUGGCAUCUGUGGUUGAGAAUGCUGUUCCUAUGUUAGGUGAUCCGGCGUCUGUUCCUGCUAGACAAGGAGCAGGUAUGCUUAUUGGUCGACUCGUCCAAGGAUUGGGGGUGGAACUGGUCCCAUAUGCUCCAUUGUUAGUUGUUCCUCUUCUUAGGUGCAUGAGUGAUUCUGAUGCUUCAGUAAGGCAGAGUGUGACACGGAGUUUUGCUGCAUUGGUGCCUCUUCUCCCUCUGGCUCGGGGUCUUCCUCCUCCUGCUGGAAUCAAUGAUAGCUUAUUACGAGACAAAGAGGAUGCAAAAUUCUUAGAGCAGCUUCUUGAUAACUCCAGUAUUGAUGACUACAAACUUUGCACCGAGUUAAAAGUUACCCUUAGGAGAUACCAGCAGGAGGGCGUUAAUUGGUUAGCGUUCCUAAGACGAUUCAAGUUGCAUGGCAUUUUAUGUGAUGAUAUGGGGCUUGGAAAAACGCUUCAAGCCUCUGCGAUCGUUGCAUCAGAUAUUGCUGAAUAUCGUACCAUAAACAAUGGUAAAGAGCCUUCUCCUUCAUUAAUUGUUUGCCCUUCAACUCUUGUCGGUCAUUGGGCAUAUGAGAUAGAAAAGUUUAUUGAUCCUUCUGUUGCUAGUACUCUUCAAUACGUUGGCUCUGCGGAGGAACGUAUCGCCAUUAGAAGUUACUUCAACAAGCAUAAUGUCAUUAUAACAUCAUAUGAUGUUGUGCGUAAAGAUGUUGAUUUCCUUGGGCAGCUUCGAUGGAACUACUGUGUUUUGGAUGAGGGGCAUAUAAUUAAAAAUGCGAGAUCUAAAAUUACCACUGCUGUGAAACAGUUGAAAGCACAGAACCGGCUUAUUCUCAGUGGAACUCCAAUCCAAAAUAACAUAUUGGAUUUAUGGUCUCUUUUUGAUUUUUUGAUGCCUGGUUUUCUUGGAUCUGAGAGACAAUUUCAAGCUACAUAUGGAAAGCCUUUGUUAGCAGCAAGAGAUCCUAAAUGUUCGGCUAAAGAUGCAGAAGCAGGUGCAUUGGCUAUGGAAGCACUGCACAAGCAGGUGAUGCCCUUCUUGCUUCGACGAACAAAAGAUGAGGUUCUAUCUGAUCUCCCGGAAAAAAUCAUCCAGGACAGAUAUUGUGAUCUGAGCCCUGUUCAGUUGAAGCUAUAUGAGCAGUUUUCAGGUUCCCAUGCAAAAAAGGAAAUAUCAAGUAUUGUCGGGUUGGAUGACUCCAAAGAGACAAAAGACGAAAAGGUUGCACCUAAAGCAUCAUCACAUAUCUUCCAGGCUCUUCAGUACCUGCUCAAACUUUGCAGUCAUCCACUGCUAGUAGUUAGUGAUGAAGCUGUUGAUUCGCUGGGGCAUAUCUUGUCAGAUAUCCUUCCAAAUCCUGACAUCUUGUCUGAACUUCAUAAACUUCACCACUCUCCUAAACUGAUAGCUCUUCAGGAGAUCUUGGAAGAGUGUGGUAUUGGUGUGGAUACAUCAAAUUCUGAAAGCAUGAUAAAUGUUGGUCAGCACAGAGUUUUGAUAUUUGCCCAGCACAAGGCUUUGUUGGACAUAAUUGAAAGAGACCUGUUCCGUGCCCAUAUGAGGAACGUGGCGUACUUGCGACUGGAUGGAUCUGUUCACACAGAAAAACGAUUUGAUAUUGUUAAAGCCUUUAAUUCUGAUCCUACCAUUGAUGUAUUGCUACUUACAACUCAUGUUGGCGGCCUUGGUUUGAAUUUGACGUCAGCGGACACUCUUGUUUUUAUGGAGCAUGAUUGGAAUCCCAUGAGAGAUCUCCAGGCAAUGGAUAGAGCACACAGGCUUGGUCAAAAGAAAGUAGUGAAUGUCCAUCGUCUCAUCAUGCGAGGAACUCUAGAGGAGAAAGUUAUGAGCCUUCAGAAAUUUAAAGUAUCAGUUGCAAAUUCUGUUAUCAAUGCGGACAAUGCUAGCUUGAAAACUAUGAACACAGAUCAGCUCCUUGACCUUUUCACACCAGCUGAAAACUCCAGAAAGGGAGGCUUUAAAUUGAAGAGCUCUGAUGGCAGUUCAAAUGAAAAUAAGCCAUCUGGAAGUGGCAAAGGUUUGAAAGCCAUUCUUAAUGGUCUGGAAGAGCUCUGGGAUCAAUCACAAUAUACUGAAGAAUAUAAUCUUGACCACUUUCUAUCGAAGCUCAACAGUUGACCAUCAAAGGCGGCUAAUAAUUUGUAAAUUUCCCGUAUACUAUUCAACACAGCUAAACGCUGCUCCUUAUUUUAUCGAGUGUUUCUUCAUAUUAGGAUCUGUGUAUGCUUCACGGGAGGAGUAAGGUCAAGCACAAUGAUGUAACGGAGGAAUUAGAUGUUGAUCUUUCAAGUUUUGCACAGACAACUUCUGUUAAUUGAGUAAAGAUAUGCCAAAGGAUCGGUCUGGGUAGCCAUUUUUGUCAGGUUGGUUGGGCUUUCUGUAGAAGUUAUCACUUAUCACCAUGUUCAACAAUCAACUUUUCAAGUGUUACGGACAUCGUUCAGAUGUGUUCAAGAUCAGCGCAAUCGUUUUCCUGGAGUUGUAGUUUUUCGGCGUACUUGUUACCAUGAUAAAAAAAGAAAUCAUAAUCGUAAUAAACUCUAAAAUCAAAGAAAUAACGCCAAUUAAUUUUGGUUGGUUGGUUGAUUAAGUGCCUAAGCACACAUUGGUUUCCCAAAAGUGUGAGCAAUAAACUCUAAUACUGUCGUGAGAGAAAAGAACUUGACCCUCUUGUCUUGUUCUACAUGAUAAACUAAAAGCUUCUUCCUGCAAGUCACAUUUGUGUUGUCUUAACCUCUUCGUUCUGGAAAACAUCGUUAUUAUUUUCGAAGGCUUUUAUUAUGAAGAUCAGCCCAAAUCGAAGUAGGAUACUCUGUUGAUUCAUGUGGUUCUACCAAGAACCAUCCAGUCUAAUUCCUGGUUUGCUUGUUAGCUCAACCUCGAAAUUGUAAACGGCAGAUGAAGUGAACAAGUGCAAAGUCGACUUCCGCUGACCCAACAAUAUGGUUAUGCAGGUUUUGGAUUCUGGAUCUUGAAUUGUUUUUGAAUUCUAGCUAUCUCUGUACAGAAUGAUUUUUUAUUGAGAUGCAGAAGCAUUCACUUUAGAGUAGAUUGAGACCUCAUUAACAAUAGACUAGAGGUCUUUAUUUUUUAUAUUUCGGAUCUGACCUAGUUAAAUCCCGAUGGCAUCGUAAUGCUAAUACAUUGUAGAAUUCAAAGUACAUUGUUUUAGAUGAGAAGUUUUAUGCCCUCCGUAUUUAUUGAGACGGAGUUGUUUACUUGUUAUUUUUUCCAACUCCCAGGUUGUGAACAAACUUCUAUGUACUUUCUUCUGCUAUAACUUAUGCAGAACAUUACUCAACAGUAAAAAAUUUCAGCUGCGUUUGCUCCUGUGAUUUUCUCAUCAA